UCUGUUACCAUAGAAACCCUCUACACAAACCUAGCCUACACACAUCUAAAGCUCAGACAGCACACAAGUUAUUAUCUUAUCGGUCGGCUUCACAAAGAGUUUUGCAGUGUCAUGGCCAAAAUGUCUUAUCGCGCCAAUGUGAAAAUAGGAAACUGGACCGAAGACCUGCGCUUGGACGAGGAUGCAAAGAAAGAGUUUCUUGAGAAAAAAGAGAGGGGCGAGCUUGCUGCCCAGAAAGUAGACUUCCUGAAGCAGAACAUCUUGAGUCCGGUGGAUCUUACUGUGACCAGUGAUGGAAAAUUGCACUUUGGUGAUGUUGUGAUGUUGGUGAAUAUGGGAGGAGAAAAAAGGGAGUGCAGCGCAGUCAGCAUUAAUGCUGACGUCAACAGUUUGACAAAGAUCCCCUCGCCUGGCCUUCAAGCUCCGUGUGGAAUCAGUGCAGGAAGAGCUAUCCAGCCCUGCACACGCACUGCCUUCAUCAUUACUAGUGUAGAUGGCAGUCCUGAUCGAUCGACUCUGCAUUUUGAGCAAAGUUUUGCUUUGAAGACAACAAGUGGCUUUACCAGGGGACUUUACCUGACAAGUGACCGGCAGAGUUUUCAAAAGUGUGCAAAAAAGUCCCGCCUACAAGAAGUUAACUUGGAAGGUGGCAGCUCCUUUCUGUCUUGGUGGAAGAUAGUGCACUUCGAUCCCCAGGAGAGGCUUGAAUAUGAGGGUCAACCUGUCCAUGCCAAUGUGAAAGUGCUGAUCGUACACUGCAAGACAAACCAAGCUCUCGCUGCUCUGGGAGAUCACGUCCUUUGGACCGCAUAUGGCAACGAGUAUGAGGUGACGGCUCACACGUUUUUGGAUUCCCAUAAAGUGGAAAAUAACAACAACCACUGGAUGCUGUGCACCUCUGACCCAGCAGGAAACGGCCAUUUGCUUCUCAACCACCCACACUCAGCGGCUAACAACCAGGAGCUCGCACAAGCAAACCCUGACAUCAAAAAAAUCUAAUGCAGUCCACUCACAUAUCCUUGUGUUGGCACAUAGAUACCACAUCAGCAACGACGCCUAAACAUUGUAAAAUAAAGGUUGUUUUUUCUGUCUGGCA